ACGCGCCCGCCCGCCCGUCCGCACGCCCGCGAAGUCUCGCGAUGCCGUAGCCGGCUGCUCCCGCUGCGGGUGGCUCUGGCUGUUGCUGUGGUUGCCCGAGUUGCUGCUGCUGCGGCGGCGGCGGCAGCGGCGGCGGUGCCGGUGGAUGUGUGGGCCCCUGGGCGGAUGUUGACAUUGUGUUGUUGUUAUUGCUGAUAGUCAUGGCGGCGGCAGUAGCGGCGAUGGUCCAGACCCCGUCUCCUCUGUAGCCGGAGCCGAGACAGCAGAGAGGGAACUCCGCGGCCUCGGAGCCGGCGGCAGCGGCGACUCCCCUCAGCCUCCGCCGCCUCGCCCGCCCGUACCCCGGCGCCAACCCCGGGAGUCAGGCCCCUUUGGGCAGGGGCGCUCGGAGGCUCAGGAUGGCGGAUUUCGACGAGAUCUAUGAGGAAGAGGAGGACGAGGAGCGGGCCCUGGAGGAGCAGCUGCUCAAGUACUCGCCGGACCCGGUGGUGGUCCGCGGCUCCGGUCACGUCACCGUAUUUGGACUGAGCAACAAAUUUGAAUCAGAAUUCCCUUCUUCGUUAACUGGAAAAGUAGCUCCUGAAGAGUUUAAAGCCAGCAUCAACAGAGUUAACAGUUGUCUUAAGAAGAACCUUCCUGUUAAUGUACGUUGGCUACUUUGUGGCUGCCUUUGUUGCUGCUGCACGUUAGGCUGCAGUAUGUGGCCAGUUAUUUGCCUCAGUAAAAGAACACGAAGAUCGAUUGAGAAGUUAUUAGAAUGGGAAAACAAUAGGUUAUACCACAAGCUGUGCUUGCAUUGGAGACUGAGCAAAAGGAAAUGUGAAACGAAUAACAUGAUGGAAUAUGUCAUCCUCAUAGAAUUUUUACCAAAGACACCGAUUUUUCGACCAGAUUAGCAUUUACUUUAUUUAUAGAGACUUUCCAAGUAUGUUGUCUUUCCAAUGGUGCCUUGCUUGGUGCUCUCCUGGUGGUGACAUAACAUUGGUUCUACAGAAUCGUGUGGUGUUUUUUUUUUUUUUUAAAUAACCGCAUGUUUUAAGUGUGCAGUUUUGUCGAUCUUUGCAACAGUUAUUUCAUACAGAUGUUUAAUACUUAAGUUAUUGUGCUCUUUUCUGUUAUGUAUUCUGAUUUUCAAGGAUUACUUUUUUGUAUUAUCAAAAAAAAUACAUUUGAACUUAGCAUAAAAA